AACUCUUUAUUUAGCAUGUCAAUGUAUAUCCUACCUAUACUUUUGAUUCAACAGAAGCACAAGAAACUAUCUAAUUAUGUGGAUUUUUACAUGUUUUCGCUUUACAUUUACUAUUCACUUCCUAUACCGUCAAGAGCCAUAUUUCUUAUCUCGUUUCCGCUUCCGGUCUUUCCGUACAAUAUUGUCAACAUGACAACAAAAAAUAAGAAGACCAGGAAGCUGAGAGGUCAUGUCAGUCAUGGACAUGGUCGUAUUGGCAAACACAGGAAGCAUCCUGGUGGUCGUGGUAAUGCUGGUGGUCAGCAUCAUCAUAGAAUCAACUUUGAUAAAUACCAUCCUGGUUACUUCGGUAAAGUAGGUAUGAGAUACUACCACAAGACCUUGAAUAAGUUCCACUGUCCUGCUGUUAACAUAGAAAGAUUAUGGAGUUUAGUAUCAGAUCAAACCAGACAAGUGUAUAAAGACAAAAAAGACAAGGCACCAGUCAUUGAUGUAGUAAGAGCUGGAUACUACAAAGUUCUGGGAAAAGGACAUUUACCAAAACAGCCAAUGAUUGUUAAAGCCAGAUUCUUCAGUCGAGAGGCAGAAAAGAAAAUAAACUCUGUUGGUGGAACAUGUGUCCUAGUGGCAUAAGUGUCAAUAAAAUAACUACAGUCUU